AUGGCACCUAUCACGCUAAGUACAGUAGACAACGACAUCAAAGACGUAAUCCAGCACCUCUUUGAAAUCCAAUCCGCUGUCCAUGGAUACUUAGGACCGGAGACACAGCAAGAACUAGUCCGGAAGAUAAAAAACCUCACCCUCGCCCUGUCCACUCUCUCCACACAUACCCGCGACCAACCCUCCGAAAACACCACCCACGAUAAUCCAAACCCCUCUGACCCACCGGUAAGCUCCAUCCAACUGCCGCCCGAAAUCAUCGAUUACGUCGACGCCGCGCGCAACCCAGACAUCUACACGAGAGAAUUCGUCGAGCUGGUCCAGCGCGGGAACCAAGACCUCAAGGGGAAGAAGGAGGCCUUUGCGAGUUUCCGGGAUGUCCUGGCGAGGGAGAUGAGGAGUGCGAUGCCUGAGUGUCGGGGGGAGGUGGAUCGCGUGAUGAGGGUUACGGGGGGAGAAUAG